AUGGAGUCAAUCACCAAGACCGCGGUUGACUUCUGCGUGGACCAUCUGCGGAUCACAUUGCUGGUCGCUCUCCUGGUCGCAUACAUUGUAUACGCCGUCCUGGUCGACCCCCUCCGCCACAUCCCUGGCCCGCUGCUCGCCCGCCACCUGCCCGGCUGGCUAGCCAUCCAGGCUUUCAGGGGACAGACCGAAGCGGCCGUCCUCGACGCCCACCGCACGUACGGCGACGUCGUGCGGAUCGGGCCCCGCACCGUGGUGGCAGGCAGCGCCGAGGCGGUGCGCAAGGUGCUCGGCUACGGCGACCACUACCUGGACAAGUCGCCCGACUACGACGCGCUGGUGGUGCACACGCCGUCCAUCUUCAGCGAGACGGACCGCACGGCGCACGCACGCAAGCGCCGCAUCGCGGCCCACACGUACAGCAUGCAGAGCCUGACCAGGAUGGAACACGUCGUGGCCACCAACCUCGACGUGUUCCUCGGCCAGAUGGACCGGUGCGCCGCGCGGGCCCAGCCCAUGGACGCCGCCGUGUGGUUCAAGUUCUACGCCUUCGACGUCAUCGGCGACCUCGCGUUCGGCAGGGGCUUCGGCAUGCUCCAGCGCGGCGUCGUCGACGACUUUGUCCGCUGCAUCUCGGACGGGGUCGAGUUUACGUUUGUGAGGUUUCUCUUGCCGUCGUUCUUGAGGCCGCUGUGCCAGCUCCUCGUGGAGUAUCUGCCCUUCUCCCUGUUCAGGGAGCUCAAGAGCGGAUUCGCUUUUACUGAUCUGUCCUCUGAAAAGGAAACAACGAGACUGGUCCAAGACCGAUGGAUCAAAAGAGACGGUGUCGCCGCUCAGCGUGGCGACAUCCUGGGCGCCCUCAUGGAAGCCAGAGACCCGGCCACCAACGAACGGCUCGAGUUCGCAGAGCUGGCCACCAACGCGUCGACCAACAUCAUCGCCGGCUCCGACACGGUCACCAUCUCGCUCACCGCCAUUGUCUACCACCUCCUCCGGAACCCAGACCGCGCUGCGCAACUGACCGCGGAGGUUCGAGGCAGUUCGCUAGGCGACGCCCCUCUGUACCGAGACAUUCAGAGACUCCCGUACCUGGACGCCUGCAUCAAGGAAGGCAUGCGUCUCACCACGCCCUUUGCCGGACCCCUGCCUCGCCUCUCACCGUCGCAAGGGGGCCUCGACAUUGGAGGCACGCACAUCCCGCCGGGGACAGUGGUCAACGUCAUGCAGUGCCAGAUCCACAACGACGGGCGCAUCUUCCACGACCCCGAGUCCUUCACGCCGGAGCGCUGGCUGGUGAGCAGCGACAGUGGCAAGGAGCUGGACAAGUACUUUCUCGGAUUCAGCACCGGUCCCCGCUCGUGCAUCGGCAAGAACAUUGCCCUUCUCGAGAUGAAGUUGCUGCUCUACUCCUUCUUCCGGCGGUACGAUCUCUCCCUCCUGGACCCCGGCGCCGAGCUGCGAUGCCGUCGAUAUCUCGUCACCAAGCCACUCAGCUCGGUGCUGGUCAGGGUUCAAAGCGCGGGAGUUGGAUCCGAACAGGCCGCCGGUAACAGGGCGGAGGCCUCGGUCAGCUAGAUACGUAUCUUACAUGUAUCCGGGGUGUUGGAUAGGGAUGCCUUAUAGGGGCCCUGGGUUGGUCCGGCCAAGGUGCGAAGCUGU